GCUCUGCUCACAGCCGCUCUCGGCGGCUGCCCGGGGCUCACCGCGCCGCCGCCGGGCGCUGACUCAGCCGCAGUCGGGCUGCUCCGCCGAGCCGGACCUGGGGAGCGCGCGCCCGGAGCCCGCGCCCCGUGCCCAGAGUCGCCGAGGAAGCACCGCAGCGCUUGAGCUUCCGGAGCUGGGGGUCCCCGAGCGCAUCGGACUCGCGUGGCAAGUGUUGUUCCUGAUGUACAUGCUCUGGAUUGCUAAUGUUGACAUCAAAAGAGGGAGUGCUCCUCAGCCCAGAGGACCAGCAUGUUGAAAGGAGAGCCAGCUCUGCUCUCUGAGAGGCCACACUGAGUCAUUGGCUCAAGCUGUGAUGUUCAGCUGUCCAUCUUGCUUCCUGGAACAGCUCAACCCAGGGUCUUCCUGAAGUGGUGACCACUCCAGCUGGCAGGGAUAGAAAAUGGUACCAGUCAGGCCAGAGCCCUGGGAGCCCACAGCCACUGUUGCAGGAUGGAGGAACCCACUCCCGAGCCAGUCUAUGUGGAUGUGGACAAGGGGCUGACCUUGGCUUGCUUCGUUUUCCUCUGCCUCUUCCUCGUAGUCAUGAUCAUCCGCUGCGCCAAGGUCAUCAUGGACCCCUAUAGUGCCAUCCCCACAUCCACCUGGGAGGAGCAGCACCUGGAUGACUGAGGCACUGGACAGGUCAUGGGGUGGCUGCACUUCUGCAUACCCCGGCCAGCAUAUCCCCGGCCUGCAUUCCCCUGAAGCACUUGGAGGCUGGGAGUGGCUAUAACCACCCAAAGAUAAAGAAGGCUUACUUUCACCUCGUUGGUUUUCACAUGACCACCAGAGGGAAAUGCCAGCAUGAUGGACCCAAGGCAGCCUGGGGAGAGGAAUGCUGAGCCAUGACUCAGAUGAAUGGAGUCCAUCCUAGGACUCCAUUGGGAAACUUCAGGGAGAUGCUUCCCUGCCCAAGGCUCCUGUACACCUGUGAAAACUGAACACAGAACAGACACUCUGGUCUGCAAACAGUGGUCAGAAGGAGACUGACCUUCAAGUGCACAACACAGAGAAGCUGCUGAGAGCCCAGUACCCUCCCAGACUAGCAGCAGUGGGUCAGGAAGGAUGGAAAUUUUGAGGCACUUCUCCUGAAAAUUCUCACAAGGCACACAGCUACUUCCAAACUGUUUUUUUUUUUUAACUGAGAUAUAGAGGGGAUGUAUUUUUCAUGUUAAAAAUGAGAUGUUCAUUUUAGACACUUGGGAAAAUAUAGAUAAGUAGGAGGAAAGGGAGGUAAAAGGCACUUAUAAUCCAACCUCCCAGAAGCCAUCAUUUUGAUAUACUUCAGAUCUUUUUUACAAUAAUUUUUUUAGUAAUUCACACCGUAUGCAUGAUGCUGCAUUGAUUCAUAUGAUAGCUUCUGCCUCCCAAGAUACCAUGGCUGGUUUUAGUGACUGAGAGUAUACUGGCUAUGCCAUGACUGAAUAUAGUCCUUUUCUUUAUAUAUUUAACUUUUCCACAAUAUUCUCACACAAAUCAUUUCACCCAGUAACCUCCAGAAGCUCUGCACCCUAGGAGCUCCAGGCAAGAUGGUUCUAGUUCUUAGCCCUGCUUCAGCUACUCAGAGGCUGUGCGAACUUAAGAAAGUCACCUCACCUCUUGGUGCCUCCAUUUCCUUAUUGUAAGAUGGGAAGGAGAAGUCCAUCUGUCUGUCUGACUGUCUGUGAAGGCAGCCAUGCUACAAGUGCGAGCUGAGACUAGGUGGCUGAUGGUCUUUCCUUCUUCCUCUUCUCCCACACCCUGUCACCUACGUCUGUGACCUUGCUGCAAGGGUUCUAGGCCAGAGCCUGCAACACUCUAGCCCCACCCCACCCCCAUCAACUCCUGUGUCCUUGUGACAGAACCCCUAAAUAAAUCAUCACCUGUGAGCUCCAUUUUCCUCAUCUGUAACACGGGGGAGUAACAUCUACCUCACAAGGCUAUUGUGGAGAUAAAAUGGGAGAACAGGAGCAAACAGGAGCAUCCUUACCUGAACCCCACACCCUAGGAAAAGAACCCCACCUUCCAAGAGCCCAAGCUCCCAACCAGUGCCACAUUUGCUGUGGUCAACAGAACAUUCGCAGUGACCUCCUCUACACCUGAAACCAAGGCAUAUGGGGUCUACUAACUUACAUAUUAUUGCUACUGUCAUUUUCUCAUGUAUGUGAAACCCAUCUAUUGUCCUUCCAGGGUAGGGCCUGCUGCCCUUUCAAAAGAGACCUGUGCUGUAGACCUCAGACCUCUUUCAGUACCCACACUCAAGGUAUGGGUCCCCAUGCACCUUAGGCUACCUGGAACAAAGCACUGUUUCUACCAGGUAACCCCUGAAAGUAGACAGAUGCUAUCAAGGUAGCUUUCCAGCAUAUGUCUAGUCUGUCUGUCUGUCUAUCUCCCCCCUCUCCCUUUCUCUCUCUCUCUCUCUCUCUCUCUCUCUCUCUCUCUCUCUCUCACACACACACACACACACACACACACACUGUGGAAUGCCCAAAGGGACAGCAGGCACAAGCUCCAAACCUGGCUCUGAGAUAUCGCUUUCAGCCCAGCCUUACUCACUUACCUCGGAGACCUCAGGCACUUCUGUGGGGACCUGUUAGGAAGAGUUUACAAAGUCAAUCAGGGCCUGUUCCCAGCUAUUAACGACAACAGCAGGAAGGAGGAGAGAUCUAAAGAGUGCUGAAGACAUCCUAUGGAGGCCUUUUGGAGCUCGCAGGAGGGAAAACAGGAUGGCCCAGGCUGUGCUCCUCAGACUGCCUGCUGAAGGGCAAACCACACCACACAUGAGCGUGCCAGGAGCCCCUCACCUUCUCCCCAGACCUACAGAAUCAUGCUGUACAUCUGGGGCUCAGACCCCAGGCUGGCUCCACAUUCUGCCUGAGAAACCCUGCCUCAGGCUCCUGGCCUCAGACAACUUUCCACACCUGCACCCCUUAGCAUUUGCCACCUUAUCUCUUCGUGCUGUUUUCAUGGGAAGGAGAAGUAACCUAUGAGAAAAGAGGUGAUUUCACACACACACACACACACACACACACACACACACACACACGCGUGCGCGCGCGCGCUUCCGUCACACUUCUGACGAGGCAAUAAAAAGCAGUGGUUCCCAUUUUGUGCCCACAUCUUCCCUUCUCAUUUUCAUCCUCCUGCAAGCUGCACUCGUCCGUAAGUACCAUUGCUUGUGUACCUUUAGAUGCUUGUUCAACAAGAAUCGCUUCACAAGCA